AUGUCGAUGAAAUCAAAUUCAGCAUUUCAUCGUCUUCAAGUUGAAUAUCGUCGAUUAAUUAAAGACCCGAUACCAUAUUUAACAGCUCAACCAUUAUCAUCAAAUUUAUUAGAAUGGAGAUUUGUUGUACGUGGACCACAUGAUACACCUUAUGAAGGUGGUAUUUAUCAAGGAAAAAUUAUUUUUCCAUCUGAAUAUCCAUUUAAACCACCAAGUAUAUUUAUGUUAACACCAAAUGGAAGAUUUCAAAUAAAUAAAAGUUUAUGUUUAACAAUAACAUCAUAUCAUCCAGAUUCAUGGAAUCCAUCUUGGUCAAUUUCAUCAAUUCUAAAUGGUUUUUUAAGUUUUAUGUGUGAUACAAGUGCUACACUUGGCAGUAUUCAAACAAGUUAUGCACAAAAAUGUAAAUAUGCAUCUGAUUCAUUAUCAUAUAAUAUUCGAGAUCCUGUAUUUUGUGAAUUAUUUCCUGAUAUAACUGAAGAAAUAAAACGAAUAUUAAUUGAAAGAACAUCAAAUAUAUCUCUUAUGAAUAAUUUCAAUCAAGAACAACAAUUAUUUAUUUCAUCGACAACAACAAAUAGUAAUAAUAAUAAUAAUAAUUCAACAUCAACAUCUUGGUUAAAUAGUCUUAUUAAUAUGAGUAUUCAAACUAAUGUUCUUGGUCCAGUGCCUCCGCAAGCAGGAUCAGAUCCAUAUGGAGCAUUAAAAAAUUUUGAUAUUCUUAAAACACUUGGCAAUGGACAUUUUUCUGUUGUUUAUUCUGCUCGAAAUCGUUUUACUGGUGUUUAUGUUGCUUUAAAAAAAGUUGAAUUAAGCCGAAUGGCUGAUUCUAAAGCAAUUGAAGAUUGCAAACGUGAAAUAAUUUUACUUCAACAAUUAAAUCAUCCAAAUAUAAUUAAAUAUAUAUCACAUUUUGUUGAAGAAAAUGAUUUGUACAUUGUUUUGGAAUUAGCAAGUGCAGGUGAUUUAGCUAAAAUGAUAAAACAUUUUCUUCGAUCAAAUAAAUUAAUGCCUGAAAAAACAAUAUGGAAAUUUUUUAGUCAAAUUUGUAGUGGUUUAGAACAUAUGCAUUCAAAAAGAAUCAUGCAUAGAGAUAUUAAACCAGCAAAUAUUUUUGUGAGUGCUGAAGGAAUUGUUCGUCUUGGUGAUCUUGGAUUAGGUCGGUUUUUUGGUUCAAAAACAACAUCAGCACAUUCAAUGGUUGGUACACCAUAUUAUAUGUCACCUGAACGUAUUCAUGAACAUGAUCUUGGUUAUGAUUUUCGAUCUGAUAUUUGGUCUCUUGGUUGUAUUUUAUAUGAAAUGGCAGCACUUCGUUCUCCAUUUUAUGGAGAAAAUUUAAAUCUUAUAUUAUUACGUCAAAAAAUAGAAGCACUUGAUUAUACACCAUUACCAACGAAUUUUUAUUCAUCUGAAUUACGUCUUCUAAUAUCAAAAUGUCUUGUAUUAGAUCCUGAAAAACGUCCAGAUAUAGUUGAAGUCAAUCGUAUUGCUCAAAUGAUGUAUGCAAGAUUUACUAAUCCAAAUAAUAAUAAUAAUAAUACUCCAACACCAACACCAACAUCAUCAUGUCGUAAUGAGUCAGCUUGUGGAAAUGUUACACCAGUUAAUAAUCGAUGA